UUGCCCAGCCGCGGCCAAUCAGCGUCCUCCCCGACCUCCCCCCUCGCUCGGGCUGCGGCGCGCUGAGGGCUCCGAGCGGCGCCUCCAUUUAAAGGGGCCGCAGCCGCGACCCGAACCUUGGGUGGGCUCCGGGAAGCGCGGGCGGUGGGCGGAGACCUGCGUCGGUGUCGCCGUCGCCGCUUCAGCGGGGGGAAGGCGGCGGCGGCGGGGUCUGCUGCCGCAGUUGUAAGCUGCUCCUGAAUGGAUUCCAGCGAAUUUCCUGGGUCUUUAGGCCCCCUGUCUCUACCUGACAAGCCCCUGAUUGGAGACCUCCCUGCAGACAUGGAGUUCGGAGAGGAUUUGCUGGCCUCCCAGACGGCCUCCAUCCCGCAAGCCUCCGCUCUCCAGCCCCAAGAGAUGGAGUGGGAAGCACCCAAGCAAACCGAUUCGGACGGCAACUUAGACCUCGGCUUGGUGAAAGCAGACGACUUGUCGGAUCUGAGCAAGCCCAACAGCCUGGCCCUUGAUAAACCUGACGUUUUGGCUAUCUCGGAGAAGGCCGGCUUCCUGGAUAGCUUGAGCAAAGAGGAUGAGCUGGACGCUCCGGAGAAGCCUGAGGAGGUGGACAGCUUGUACAAGGCACAUGCUUCUGAGGACCCUGAGGAUGGGCCCGGAGACCCUUCUGCGUCGGGAACCGAAGCUCUCGUGCCGGAAGCGUGGGAAGAAGAAGGCGCCUCGAAAGCGGACUCCGAAGGCUCCAAAGACGGCAGGGCGGAGAGCGCGGCCUCCCUCCCUGAGAGCACUGUGGCGGAGUCGCCCAAGGCGGCGGAGGUGAGCAGCGCGCCGCCCUCCCGAGAGCCAGCAGCCUCGCCUGGUGGCUCGCCGACAAGUCCGCGGCUGGCGAAGAAAGCCCGGUUGAAAUCCCCCCGGAAAAGCUCGCCGGUGCGGAAGGAGGACGUGGCGGUGUCCACAGAGGAGGCGGAGGAGCCCGUGGUCAACAGCACGUCUGAGCCUCCUCCCGAGCAGGUGGACGGGAGCCCGGCUGAGGCUGCGAAAGAGCAAGAGAGCAGCUCCAGCCAGAAAGACGCGGCCGAGUCCAAAGCACAAGAGACUGAACAGGCCGCCCCACUGCCAGGGGAAGACCCUGGGGCCAAGGGGAGCGAGCAGCCGGUGGAAAAGAAGCAGAAGAGGAGCGAGCGAGCCAGGAGGGCAGAGGUGUCUCGGCCUGAAACGGUCAACUCCUCAGAGAGCAUCCCCGUCUCCGACGAGGAUUCGGACGCCAUGGUGGACGACCCCAACGACGAGGACUUCGUCCCCUGCAGCACCCGGCGCACCACCCGCAUGUCCCUGCGCAACCAGAUGGCCCAGCGGGCGGCCCGCUCCACCGCCACCAAGAUGACUUGUGCCAACUGCCGGACACCGCUGCAGAAGGGGCAGACGGCCUACCAGCGCAAGGGCCUGCCCCAGCUCUUCUGCUCCAGCUCUUGCCUCACCACCUUCUCCAAGAGGCCGCUCACCAAGCGGAACUGCACCUUCUGCAAAAAGGAGAUUUGGAACACCAAGGACUCUGUGGUGGCCCAGAUUGGCUCGGGCAGCUCUUUCCACGAGUUCUGCACCGCGGUGUGUCUCUCGCUCUACGAAGCCCAGCAGCAGAGACCGGCGCCCCAGACGGCAGAAGCCUCGGACACGGUCCGUUGCAGUGUGUGCUACAAACCCGGAGAGAUCCAGCACGAGGUCAGCAACGGCAACGUGGUGCACCGCAUCUGCAGCGACGCCUGCUUCACCAAGUUCCGGGCCACCAAGGGGCUGAAAACCAACUGCUGCGACAAUUGCGGCCUCUACUUGUACAACAAGGGGCUGCCGCUGGAGUACCUUUUCCACGAGGGGCAGCAGAAGCGCUUCUGCAACACCGCUUGCCUCAACAGCUACAAGAAGAAGAACACCCGGGUCUAUCCGUGCAUGUGGUGCAAGACGCUCUGCAAGAACUUCGACAUGCUGUCCCACAAAGACCGGAACGGCAAAAUGGGCCUCUUCUGCUCCAUCUGCUGCACCACCUCCUACAAAGUCAAGCAGGCCGGCCUGACAGGACCCGCUCGGCCUUGCAGCUUCUGCCGGAAGACUCUGCCCGAGCCCUGCUACUACAACAAGAACGAGCAGGUGGUGUACCAGUUCUGCAGCCCCAGUUGCUGGACUAAAUUCCAGCGCACCAGCCCGGAAGGUGGGAUCCACUUGACCUGCCACUCCUGCCACAACCUCUUCACUGGGAAGCCUGAGAUCCUGGACUGGCAGGACAAGGUCUACCAGUUCUGCUGCCGCGACUGCUGCGAGGACUUCAAGCGCCUGCGCGGGGUGGUGUCCCAGUGCGAAUACUGCAAGCAAGAGAAGCUGCUGCAUGAAAAGAUCCGCUUCUCGGGGGUGGAGAAGAACUUUUGCAGCGAAGGUUGUGUGCUUCUUUACAAACAGGAUUUCACCAAGAACCUGGGCCUUUGCUGCAUCACCUGCACCUACUGCUCCCAGACGUGCCAGCGGGCCGUCACUGAGCAGCUGGAGGGCAACACAUGGGACUUCUGCAGCGAAGAGUGCAAAGGCAAAUACCUGCUGUGGUACUACAAGGCAGCCCGAUGCCAUGCCUGCAAGCGCCAGGGGAAGCUGUUGGAAACCAUCCACUGGCGAGGGCAAAUCAAACACUUCUGUAACCAGCAAUGUCUGCUACGGUUUUAUAACCAACAAAACCAGCCCAACCUGGACACCCAGAAAGGGCCGGAGAGUCUGCUGAACAGUCAGACCCCAGAGCCAAAGCAGCCCUCUUCCGCCCCACAGAAAACGGAGACCAAUGCGGUGCCUGCAAAGAACAGCUCGGCCUCGUCGGCACCCGCUGCUCCCCCUCCUCCGCCGCCGCCGCCGCCACCGCCUCAGCCGGUCACCCCGCGGAAGAACAAGGCGGCCAUGUGCAAGCCUCUUAUGCAGAACCGAGGAGUCUCGUGCAAGAUCGAGAUGAAGUCCAAGGGGUGUCAGACAGAAGAUGACUGGAAGCCGCAGGUGGUCGUGCUGCCCGUCCCUGUGCCCAUCUUUGUGCCUGUGCCUAUGAACAUGUACUGCCAGAAAGUACCCGUGCCUUUCUCCAUGCCUGUCCCGGUGCCUGUGCCAAUGUUUCUGCCCACCACGCUGGAGAGCACGGAGAAGAUAGUGGAGACCAUAGAGGAGCUGAAGGUGAAAAUCCCUUCCAAUCCCCUGGAGGCCGACAUCCUGGCCAUGGCCGAGAUGAUCGCUGAGGCGGAGGAGCUGGACAAAGCCUCUUCGGAUCUCUGCGAUCUAGUGAGUAACCAGAGUGCAGAAGGCCUCCUGGAGGACUGUGACCUCUUUGGGCCAGCCAGAGACGACGUGCUGGCCAUGGCGGUCAAGAUGGCAAAUGUCCUGGAUGAGCCGGGUCAGGACUUGGAGGCAGACUUCCCCAAAAACCCCUUGGACAUCAACCCCAGUGUGGAUUUCCUCUUUGACUGUGGCCUGGUGGGGCCGGAGGACGUCUCUGCAGACCAGGACUUGCCCCGGGCCAUCCGCAAGGGCCAGAAGCGCCUGGUGCUCUCGGAGAGUUGUUCCCGGGACUCCAUGAGCAGCCAGCCCAGCAUCACGGCCCUCAACUAUUCCUACGGCGUGAAUGCCUGGAAGAGCUGGGUGCAGGCCAAGUACGCCGGGGGCGAAACCAGCAAGGGGGACGAGCUGCGCUUUGGCCCCAAGCCCAUGCGGAUCAAGGAGGACAUCCUGGCCUGCACGGCAGCAGAGUUGAACUACGGCCUGGCCCAGUUUGUCAAGGAAAUCACCCGUCCCAACGGCGAGCGCUACGAACCUGACAGCAUCUAUUACCUCUGCCUUGGCAUCCAGCAGUACUUGCUGGAGAACAACCGCAUGGUGAACAUCUUCACGGACCUCUACUACCUGACCUUCGUGCAGGAGCUCAACAAGACGCUGAGCGGCUGGCAACCCACAACCCUGCCCAACAACGCCGUCUUCUCCCGCGUCGAAGAGGAGCACCUCUGGGAAUGCAAGCAGCUGGGCGUCUACUCCCCGUUCGUGCUGCUCAACACGCUCAUGUUCUUCAACACCAAGUUCUUUGGGCUGCAGACGGCGGAGGAGCACAUGCAGCUCUCCUUCACCAACGUCAUCCGGCAGUCGCGCAAGUGCAGCACGCCCCGGGGCACCGCCAAGGUGGUGAGCAUCCGCUACUACGCUCCCGUGCGGCACCGGAAGGGGCGAGACGGCGGCGUUGGUGGCGUUGGCGGCGGCCUCGGCAAGCGGAAGAGGGAGGAGGAAACGCCGGUCCUGGAGCAGCGGGAGAACCGCAUGAACCCUUUGCGCUGCCCCGUCAAGUUCUACGAGUUUUACCUCUCUAAAUGCCCCGAGAGCCUUCGGAACCGCAACGACGUCUUCUACUUGCAGCCCGAGCGGUCGUGCAUCGCCGAAUCGCCGCUGUGGUACUCGGUCAUCCCCAUGGACAAAAGCAUGCUCGAGAGCAUGCUGAACCGCAUCCUGGCCGUGCGCGAGAUUUACGAGGAGCACAGCCGCGGCGGCGGCGGCCUGGAUGACGACAUGGACUGAGCCGGCCCGCCUCUUGCCAGAGGGAGAUUGUGGGGCCCUGCCGCGCCGACCAGCGGCCGGGGGACGGCCGGGUGUGGCUUGCUACCCCUUCCCUGUCUGGGUCGAUGACAGGCACGUAGGACUCUUACCACUCCCCCACCAUGCUAGCGGACGGU